AUGAUGGCGUCCCCCUAUGGCCUCUGGGGGUAUCUCAGGUUGAAGGCAAUCGCAUCGCUUCUCCGCCUGCUUACCUACGUUUUUACGCGCUCUCACUUCCGGCCAUCCUCAACGUGUAAGCGCAAGGAAGUGCGCAUCCCGUCCCGCGAGAAGGGCCGCUUCAUCAAAGCUUGGAUCUACCACCCGCCCGGCUACGUCGACGGCGGCGAGCCUUCGGGGGUCGUCGUCAAUUGGCAUGGAGGCGGUUACAUCAUUCCCAAUUUGGGCAUGGACCACGCCUUCUGCGAGCGGGUGGCCCGCGACACGAAUCUUCAGGUACUGGACGCCGACUACCAGAAAGGACCUGAGCGGCCGUUCCCCGGGGCUGUAGAAGACGCCGAGGACGUGCUGCGAUGGGUCGAGAGCCAGAAGCGCGUCUUCGACAUCGACCGGGUGGCGCUGUCUGGGUUCAGUUCCGGCGGCAACCUGGCACUGGUGGCGGCGUCCGAUCUGCGACGCCAAUUCAAGAACAUCAACAUCCGAGCCGUCUACGCUUUCUACCCUGGCGUCGACCUGAGCAUAACCGCGGAGGAGCGGUUGGUACCAGAGCCCAUCGAGCCGCUGCCCGCUUGGUUCCAGCGCUUCCUUGCCGACGCCUACGUCCCGAGGGUUCAGGACCGGACGUCGCCCAGGGUGUCGCCAACGUUUGCCGAGGCGUCUUCGUUCCCUGAGCGCACCAUGCUCUUUGUCUGCUCGGGAGAUGUGCUGGCGCCGGAGACAGAGGCCUUUGGCCGGAAACUGGAGCAGGCUGGAUGUGGCGUCGAGGUGGUCAAGCUGGAAGGGGUUGGGCACGGGUUCGACAAGACGAUCAAGCCGAGGCUGCAUAACCCUGAGAAGACGGAGCUGGCGUACAGCAAGGUUAUCAAAAGCCUCAAGGCUACCAUUUAG